AUGUCAUCCAUUGCGAAAAAGAUGCUGGAGCGCCACGGCGGGAAGGAGGGCAUGGGGCUCGGCAAGAACGCGCAGGGCGUCGCCACGUAUGUGAAGGUGGUCCGCCGCGACCCAUACACCGCGACGGGGCUGGGACACGCCGCGGAUGCCACACAGGCGCCGCAGGCCUCCACUUUCUCCGUGGAGCUGGACGCCGUGUACUCCACUAUGACAAGGACAGGGAGGAAGAGGCUGAAGGGGGCGGUGACAGUCGAGGAGGAGGCGAAUGCAAAACGUUCCCAUCAUGUGACACGGGAAAAGCGCACGCGGCAGGAGAGCGUACGCGGCUGCAGUGGUAGUCAAGACGGUAGUAGUAGUGCUAGUGUGAGCAGUGAUGGCCGUGGGGGCUCCGCGAGCGAUGGGAGCAGCAGCAGCAGCAGCAGCGACGACGACGACGACAUCGACGUGGAUAUUACACGGCUGAAGGAUGAUGAGCUGCUGCGUCGCUGCGGUGGGGUGCGGCUUGGACGCGCCGGUCGUCAUCGCUUUUUCAAUGGCAAACUCCGCCGCAUUGAAAAGUCUCACCUUGGCGAGCAGCGGGACGGACCUUGA